GACUGAUGUAGAUUAUGAAUAAUCCUGAACCCAUUGGAUGAAGAGAGGAUGAGACUCGUUUACAGACUGUUGUAAAAAUGAUGGUUUAAAUAAAGCUUUUCUUCUUUUAAAUGCUUUCUGUCAGUCAUGGAUCACAGCACCGCUGGAUUUGAUCAAGUUCCACUUUAUGAACUACAAACAUUUAGAAUUUCUCUGCAUGGAUGUUCGUGUCGUUCUGGUCAGUCUUCUGCCCCUCCCUGGGUGUGGGUGGGGGUGGGGGUGGGGGGGGCAGCAGAGGUCUAUCAGAGAGUUUCAGAUCUCCUCACAGAUGAAGCGUCUCGGUGAAGCCCGGUGCCGCAUACUGGCUCCGUUACGGUAUUCCUCAGCAGAUGCAGUGGAUCAGCUCCAGGUCUGACUGCAGAGAGAAGAAGAGGAAGAGGAGGGAUGAAGAGUGCUGCUGCUGUCCUCCAAGGCACAGUAUCAGCAUCUUUCCUCCGCAUCCAUCCGUCCAGAAGAGCAUCGCUCCUGUUUCCACGAAGGGUCUCCAUCCUGCCGGCCAUCCGGACCUCCCGCCAUCAUGCUGAGGAAGAGCUCGGAGCUGAAGAGAGAGGACAGGGAGGUCCUCCUGGACCUGGACGAGAGAGGGGGGGCGCAAAGCACGGACGGCUACGGGAGUCUGCACAGCGAAGCUUUCAUCCCCCCCAGAAUUUUCAGCGCAGCCGCAGAUGAAGCUGAGGGCGGCAAGUUCUUUGAGGGGGGGCAUCCCUGUGACCAAACUGCUCCAAAGCUCGGAAACUAUUUCCGGGAUGGAAAAACUAAGAUCGACUUUGUGCUGGUGUGGGAGGUUCGAUCGCGGAAGAAGCACCGGGAGCGGAGCGGCGGGGAUGGCAGCAGGUCCGAGCGACGGAGAGCGCAGCUGCAGCAGUGGCGGGAGAGGUUUGCUCAGAACCUCCAGGCUGCCGGCUUACUCUUGGAAAAGGAGGAAACAGCCAAUGAGAGAAAAACCAUCCACUUUCUGAAGAUCAGCGCUCCCUGGGAGGUGUUGGUGUGCUAUGCAGAGGAACUCUGCCUCCGAGCUCCGCUGCAGGCGCAGCCGCAUCUGGAGCUGAACACCUCGGCCUCCGUGCUGAAGAGGUUCUGCCUUCCCAACGUCAUGAAGGAGUCGGUACCGAACAGACCCGUGGAUUAUUACACCUGCGCCUUCCGCAAAUCAAAGAUGGACAGAUUCGUUGGCUCCGACAACCGUGAGACGUAUUUCAGCAACACGCAGAGGCACCGGGUUGUGUAUGAGAUUCUGGCCAGGACGGCGUACGGCAAACGGAAGAAGGCCGAGGUGGGCGUGGACAGGCUGGUGACGGAGGGGGCGUUCGCUGCAGCCUUCCCCCUCCAUGAGGGACCUUUCCAGCUCCCAAAGCAGGAGAUCCCACCUGAGGACCUGAACCAGAGGCAGGUUCUGUACUUCUACUGGGCCCGCUGGAGCAAAUGGUACAAGUACCAACCUCUGGACCACAUCAGGGAGUACUUUGGGGAGAAGAUCGCGCUCUACUUUGCUUGGCUGGGCUUCUACACGGCUUGGCUGCUGCCGGCCGCCGUCGUGGGGACGCUGAUCUUCAUGUCCGGGGUCAUGUCCAUGGGUACCAACACGCCGGCUGAGGAAAUCUGUCACGGCGGUUCCACUUAUCGGAUGUGUCCUCUCUGUAAAACAUGCGAGGCUUGGAACAUGUCUGACAUCUGCACCAUGGCCAAGCUGGGUUACCUGUUUGACCACCCUGGUACCGUGUUCUUCAGCGUUUUCAUGUCUUUCUGGGCGGUGACCUUUCUGGAGUACUGGAAGCGAAAAAUGGCCACCCUGGCUCAUCACUGGGACUGCAUGGACUUCCACGAGGAAGAGGAGCGUCCUCGGCCAGAGUUUGCCGCCAUGGCCCCCACCGUGGAGCAGAAUCCCGUGACUGGGGUCAAAGAGCCCUACUUUCCAGAGAAGGCCCGGCUGUCGCGUAUGUUCACGGGUUCCAUGGUGAUCAUCCUCAUGCUGUGCGUGGUGAUCAUCUUCCUGGUGACAGUGGUGAUGUGCCGCGGCAUCAUAAGUGUCAUGAUGUACCACACCGGGAGUCCCGUGCUGCGGACAGAGGCUGCCACCAUAGCCAACAUCUCCAGCAGCAUCGUGAACCUGGGCCUCAUUCUGCUGAUGGGGCAGGUCUACACGGCGUUAGCAGAGCAGCUCACUAAAUGGGAGAUGCACCGGACCCAAACCCAGUAUGACAACGCCUUCACCUUCAAAGUCUUCAUCUUCCAGUUCGUCAACUUCUACUCGUCUCCUUUCUAUGUGGCUUUCUUCAAAGGAAGGUUUGUCGGUUAUCCGACUAACUACGGGACUUUGUUUGGAAUGAGGAACGAGGACUGUGGACCGGGGGGCUGCCUCAUCGAACUGGCUGAACAACUCUUCAUCAUAAUGGUGGGGAAGCAGCUCAUCAACAACAUCCAAGAGUUCAUCCUACCUAAAGUGAAGGCCUGGCGCCAGAGGAGAACGUUAGCCGACGUGCUGGGGGGUAAGGCCUCCUGUGAGCCUCAUCGAUGGGAGGAGGACUACCAGCUGGUGGAGUGUGGGGGGCUGUUUGAGGAAUACCUGGAGAUGGGUGAUUCCAUCUGCUCUCAGUGGUUUAGCACAGAAACUAGUCCUUUCGUCUGUUGUUCUGCUCAAGUCUCUUCUUGUCCUGCAGUCCUCCAGUUCGGGUUCAUCACCAUUUUUGUGGCUGCUUUUCCUCUCGCCCCGCUCUUCGCCCUACUCAACAACUGGGUGGAGAUCCGUCUGGAUGCUCACAAGUUCGUGUGCGAGUACCGGCGGCCCGUGGCAGAGCGCACCCAGAACAUCGGGGUCUGGUUCAGCAUUUUGGAAGGCCUGUCCCACCUGUCCGUCAUCGUCAAUGCUUUCCUGAUAGCCUUCACAUCAGAUUUUCUACCUCGCCUGCUGUACCAGUACAAGUUUGAACGAGGUCUCCAUGGAUACGUCAACUUCAGCCUGGCCUUCGCUCCUCUGAACUACACCGAGCAUCCCAUGUGCAGAUACAAAGCUUUCAGAGAUAACGAUGGAAACUAUACGCUCUUCUACUGGGAGCUCCUCGCCGUGCGACUCGGCUUUAUUAUUGCAUUCGAGCACGUCGUCUUCUUUGUGCUCCGAGCCAUCGACUGGAUCGUCCCUGAUGUGCCCGAGUCUCUGGAGUUAAAGGUGAAGAGGGAGCAUUAUUUGGCAAAGCAAGCUCUGGCUGAAAACCAGGAGGCCCUGCUGCAAGCGACCCGCCCGCUGGAUUCAGGAGUUCGGAGUCCAAAGCAGAGGAAAAAUGGAGCGGCGUUGGAGGGAUGAAAGACUUUGCUCAAAGGAACAUCAUCUUUUUCUUUGGGAUGGAGUUUUUAUGCACGGAAAUGAUGAUGAAAAGGUCUGAGGACCACCAGAAAUGACUUCCACCCUGAUGACAGCAGGAAGAAUGGAGCAAAGCCAAGGAGAACUUCAAGCUGGACUUAUGCUUGGACCUCAGCUUCAUGUUGUUUCCUGACAUGAAGAACAACCUCUACCUGCACACAAAAUCCUUAUGCACGCUGCAAAGCAUGAGAAGAUCCUGAGGAGCUGAAAAUCUCCAUCAGAUGUUCUCACUCGUGAAUGCUCUCCUAAAAACCCUGGCAGAUCUGGGACUCGCCUUGGUUCCUUUUCAUCCUGAAACGUCCCAAUCGUCAGCGUGACAAAUGUUACAGGUGUUACAGGUGACCUGUGGUCAACGUUCUCCUGUUAUCAGGCUCUGAUAAAGGUGGUGAACGGCUCGCCGUCAGCAGCCUGCUGCUGCCGUCAUCGGGUCAUUGCUAAGCAUGCAGAGUUAGAAACCAUGGAAGCGUGAAUAAAGUCAACUCUGGACCUUUAAAUGACAUUUCUUCUGCUCCUCAGAGUGAUCUUCUAACAUGAUGAAGACAAUCUGGGAGAAGCUGUGUGCUGUGCUGCAGGGUUGAACUUUAAUACAAAUGUUUCCACCUUC